UUAUUAUUAAAGGUACUUUUGGGACAAACCAAACACAGUUGUAAGCUUUCUUGCUGAGUUUCAAUGGCCUCUCUCUUCCUUCACUGAAGUCUGAAUCUUUCCAUCUGAAAACCUAAGCUUCUGCUCCGGUCGCCGGAGAGAGUAAAGAUGCAUCUGAAUCUGCCUAUUCCGGGCAACAAGCAGUCAACGGAGCAGAGACCCAGGCCGCCGCUUCAGCUCAAAUACGCGUUACAAUCUGUGAAAUCUCAGGUACCUUUAAACCAGUGUGUUUUCCUUGUCGCCACAAUCUUUCUCCAAAUCUGGGUUCUCUUCUCCCUCAUCCAUUCCUCGCCGGCCAAGUCCGGCGCCGGCCACCACCAUCUGGUGCCCCACCGCCACGACUGCAGCUCCGGGAAGGUCUACGUCUACGAGGCGCCGCGGAUGUUCAACUACGAGCUGGUGGAGAAUUGCAAGGAGCUGGAUCCGUGGAAGGCGACGGGGUGCAAGGUGGUCGCUAAUGGCGGAUUUGGGCUGCCGGCGAAGGGGCUGGAGAGCGUGGUCCCCGAGAAUCUCCUCCCUGCUUGGUACUGGACGGAUAUGUACUCGGCGGAGCUGAUUUAUCACGAGAGAAUGUUGAAUCACCAGUGUAGAACCAUGGAUCCGGAGGAGGCCACCGGAUUUUUCAUCCCGUUUUACGCCGGAAUCGCCGUCGGUAAAUUUUUGUUCACGGAGUUUAACUAUACGUACCAAGAUCGAGACCGUUAUUGUAACAUGUUCUUAGAUUGGCUAGAAGAGCAACCGAGUUUUGCAAGGUAUAAAGCUGUAGAUCACUUUAUUAUGCUCGGCAGAUUAACCUGGGAUUUCCGGCGAUUAGCCGAUAACAGCGCCGAUUGGGGGACCAGCUUACUUUAUAUGCCUCGGAUGAAAAAUGUUUUUCGAUUAGGAGUAGAGAAACACUUAAAAGACCGAUUAGAAGAGAGCGUGCCCUACCCCACCGGAUUCCACCCUAGAUCGGAGUCCGAUAUCCGGCAAUGGCAAACCUAUAUCCGUUCCCAAAAACGCGACAGUCUCUUCACUUUCGUCGGCGCCAAACGCCACAAAAUCAAGAACGACUUCCGAGGAAUGCUAAUGGACUACUGCAUCGACGAGGAUGAUUGCCGGGCGGUGGACUGCUCCGCCGUGAUGUGCUCCGACGGGUCGCCGGCGGUGUUCGACGCCUUCCUCCACUCCAAUUUCUGCCUCCAACCCAAAGGAGACGGCAUGACGCGACGGUCAAUGUACGACUGUAUGAUCUCCGGCGCCAUUCCGGUGUACUUCUGGCGAGGCACGUUCAAGGACCAGUACGUGUGGCACCUGCCGUGGAUUUCGGAGACAUUCACGGUCUACGUGGACAACAACGACGUAAGAAAGAGCAACGGUACGGUCAUCAAAGACGUCCUUAAAAGAGUCCACCCAGACAACGUUAGACAGAUGCGAGAAACUCUGAUAGAUCUGAUGCCCAAAAUGCUUUACGCUAGCCGGAAAGAAGGCCUGGGAAGUAUCAGAGACGCGUUUGACAUCACGCUCGACAGAGUUCUGAAGAGAUUGAAGGCCCGCAAAUCGCAUCUCUUAUCCGGAGCCGCAGAUGAUUACGAGAUCUUCUAAAUCUUGAUUUUCCGGCCAGCCGGCCGGCCGGCCUGUAAACUUAAUUAGCUUGUUCCUGUUAUGAUUAAUUAAUUAUUCGUUUUCUGGGUUCUGCUGAAGAAACCAAGAUUUAUUUUUGCUGUUCUCCAUAUAUUCAUCGGUAUAUUAGCAUAAUGAUGAUGUUCUUUUUACAGAAAAGUUAUGAACAGAUGAGAAGGUGAAAUGGUGACAUGAGAUUUCCGUUUGUGUAAUGUAUAAUUUUGUGGUGCUAUACAUAAAUGGAUAUUUUGUGUUUUCAGUGAUAUUA